AUGGCAUUCGACGCACAGGCGCUAUGGGACCUUACCAGCCCUAUCACGAUGCCGUCGAUGAGUGACAACGACUUUCUUAUGCUACUCGAGAAACAGAUGCAAGCCGCACAUCCUACCUCUGGGAACGCUACUACGGCGACCGCUGACGGCCAGCAGGGCUUUUCAAAUAUCAAUCCCAUGGUUGCCCCCUCCUCGGUCAUGGCCCCACCGCCCGUUCCCGCUGACACAAUGUCGCCCCCACUUACUGAUGAAUCAAGUCCCAGUCCUCCCGGCACCAACAACGAUAGUACUGUCGGCGAUGGCUCUAAGCGCAAGGCUUCCCGAGAUGACUCUCAAGACGUCGAGGGCCAACCACGCAGCAAGGUCCAGCACAAGGCCAAUGACGAUAGCGUCAAUUCACAAACUACAGGUAGCUCCUUGCUUCUUUCUGCGCUUGCUGCGGCUCUUGGCCACGAGCCUACCAAGAAGCCCCCCGCUCGUCGCAAGAGUGGCGGAAACGCAAACGUUAGCGACGAAGGCCGUCUGGCCAAACGUAAAGAACAAAACCGAGCUGCUCAACGUGCAUUCCGCGAUCGGAAGGAGAAACAUGUCCGAGAUCUCGAGGAAAAGAUUCAGGAGCUCGAGCAAAAGUUCAACACCUCGGAGUCUGAAAACACUAACCUCAAGGAUCUGCUUAAGAGGCUACAAAACGAAAACAUGAUGCUCAAACAGUCCGCGUUCACUUUCGAGUUUGCCCCAUCCGAAAAGUCGAGUAAUCAGAUGGCUACAUCCCCGACGGCGAAUACCACCAGUAGUUUAUCGAGCUCUGGCACUAACCCCUUUACCUCACCGUCUCAUUCACAGUCGAGUGCAUCCCCGGAGUCGACAACAGCCAACUAUGUCUCCAAGAGCCCUAACAACUCGCUCUUUUCCACCAACAACACGCCUUCACCCAACCUAAACGCCCGCUCUAGCUCUCAAGACAACGUCACCUUCAACUCGGCUGGGAUAAUGACAUUCAGCAAUCCCUCGACUGCUCAACCUACUCCUAUAACUCCCGCAUUGUCAGUGUCGUCGCCCGGGGCCGGCCCAUCCUCGAUCUCUCAGAACGCAUUUAACCAGGGCUCCCUAUUUACGUCAUACCGCGACCCGUCGGCAUCUUACAGCCUUGGUCAUCCAUUUGGCGACUUUAAUGCCUUUGGCACUCCUUCCAACGGUGGGAUUGCGGAAGACUUUGGGAUGGAUUUUGGCAUAGAUAUGUCUAGUAUCAGCAAUCACGACCUAGGUGCUUUUGGACUCGGCAAUGACUUUGACGAUUUGUUCGGUGGACAGCUGGGCGCGCUUGACGGGACAAACUCCUAUGGUGGGGUAGGAUCCAUAGGCAGCCCUUCGUCAGCGGGAGUGAUGACCAGUGCACCAACGCCCCAAACCACGAGCACUUCGGCCGCACCUACCCCAGCAUCUACCCAGCCCCCCUUGAUCAUCGAUGGUUUACCCAGCGCAGGCGAAUCGGCGCGUGUCGAGUGCUCGAUAAAGGCGCCCUCUGCCAGCGACUGGAGGCGCUGUCCCAAGACAAAACAAGAUUUUGUUGAAUUGGUCCGGAGGGAUAGCAGCAAUCAGCCGAGCACUUUUGGUCCCCCUCUCACCAGUGAUGACAAGGCACAAAUCGAGCAAGAUUGGCAACAGUUUACCCAGCGUCCCGAGUUGAAGGAACUCGACGUGGAUCACCUGUGUUACGAACUUUUUGACAAGGCACAAUGCACUGAACUUAAGACACGUAUGAAGCAGUCGAUGAUGCGUAUAGCCAAGGACAUGGCCGGCGGACAAAAUCCAGCUUAG